AGUUCGUCAGCGGCGCUCCAAAAGUAAGGAGCCCACUCCGGAAUUUUUUAACCCAGGAAAGGAGCAACAGGAUCAGCAACCAUGUCAAAGUGGUGGAGCUGCGGCUCCAAUCAGGAGAGCAAUAGCAUUUUCCGCAGCGAGGUGAUGUCCUUGGUGCAGAUGUAUCUGCAGCCAGAGGCAGCCUACGAUACGAUUGCUGCUCUGGGCGAAGUGGGAGUUGUCCAGUUUCGUGACCUUAACGAGAAAGUGAAUGCCCAACAGCGAAAAUUCGUCGGAGAAGUAAGACGUUGCGAUGAACUGGAGCGGCGAAUCCGCUACGUGACCGCCGAGCUGAACAAGGAGGGUCACAAGGUGCUCGACCUUAUGGACGACUUCCCGCCGGCUCCGCAGCCGCGUGAGAUCAUCGAUUUGGAGUUGCAUCUGGAAAAGACGGAGACCGAGAUCAUGGAGCUGGCUGCCAACAAUGUGAACCUGCAGACCAGCUACCUUGAGCUUAGCGAGAUGAUCCAAGUGCUGGAGCGCACCGAUCAGUUCUUCUCGGACCAGGAGUCACACAACUUCGAUGUGAACAAGAAGGGCACCCACCGCGAUCCCGAGCAGUCCAAUGGCCACCUGGGAUUCGUGGCGGGAGUGAUCAGCCGGGAGCGGGAGUACGCCUUCGAGCGGAUGCUGUGGCGUAUAUCUCGCGGCAAUGUCUUCGUUCGUCGCUGCGAUGUGGAUGUUGCCCUGACUGAUCCCAAGACGGGAAGUGUUCUCCACAAGAGCGUGUUCGUGGUCUUCUUCCAGGGCGAUCAGCUGCAGUCCAGGAUCCGAAAGGUGUGCACUGGCUUCCAUGCCCACAUGUAUCCGUGUCCUAGUUCGCAUUCUGAGCGACAGGAGAUGGUCAAGAACGUGAAGACCCGCCUGGAGGAUCUCCAGGCAAUCAUUAACCAGACGAGUGACCAUAGAACAUGCGUCCUGCAGGCUGCCAUGAAGCAGCUGCCCACUUGGAGUGCCAUGAUCAAGAAGAUGAAGGGCAUCUACCACACGCUGAAUCUGUUCAACGUUGAUCUGGGCAGCAAGUGCCUGAUUGGCGAGGGAUGGGUGCCCAAGAGGGAGCUGGAGCUGGUGGAGGUGGCUCUCGCAGCGGGCUCAGCCAGUGUGGGCAGCACUGUGCCCUCGUUUAUCAACGUGCUGGACACCAAGAAGGAACCGCCGACCCAUUUCCGAACAAACAAGUUCACCCGGGGCUUCCAGAAUCUGAUUGAUGCGUACGGAAUUUCUGGCUACCGGGAGGUGAAUCCGGGUCUAUACACCUGCAUCACCUUCCCCUUCCUCUUCGCCGUGAUGUUUGGAGAUAUGGGCCACGGAACUAUUCUCUUCCUCCUGGGUCUGUGGAUGGUUAUUGACGAGAAGCGGCUGCAGAAGAAGCGAGGUGGUGAGAUCUGGACCAUCUUCUUCGCCGGACGAUACAUUAUCAUGCUGAUGGGUCUGUUCGCCAUGUACACGGGCUUUCACUACAACGACAUAUUCUCCAAAUCGAUCAACGUCUUCGGCACUCGUUGGGUCAAUGUGUAUAAUCGAACCACUGUGCUGACCAAUCCCACUUUAACGCUUAAUCCCUCGGUAGCCACGCGCGGGGUUUACCCCAUGGGUAUCGAUCCCAUCUGGCAGUCGGCCUCCAACAAGAUUAUCUUCCUGAACACUUACAAGAUGAAGCUGUCCAUCAUCUUCGGAGUGCUGCACAUGGUCUUUGGUGUUUGCAUGUCGGUGGAGAACUUUGUGUUCUUCAAGAAGUACGCCUACAUUAUCCUACAGUUCGUGCCACAGGUCCUCUUCCUGCUGCUCAUGUUCGGCUACAUGUGCUUCAUGAUGUUCUACAAGUGGGUCAAGUAUAGUCCCACCACCGACGUGGAGGCUAAUACUCCCGGAUGUGCGCCCUCGGUGCUGAUCAUGUUCAUUGACAUGGUUCUCUUCAAGUCGGAGACGGCCACGCCGGGCUGCGAAGUUAAUAUGUUCCCCAUUCAGAAAACUCUCGAGAUGAUUUUCCUAGUGGUGGCCGUUCUCUGCAUCCCAUGGAUCCUGCUCGGAAAGCCUUUGUAUAUCAAGUUCCAGCGCCGAAACAGGGCCGUUGGCCCCGAAGUGGAGGUGGACGAGAUCGUGGAGAAGAUCGAGGUUACAACAGGCAAGGAGAUCAUUAUUACAGAAGUACAAGAGUCUCACGAGUCCGGCGGACACAGCGAGGAGGACGACGAGCCCAUGAGCGAAAUCUGGAUCCACCAGGCCAUCCAUACAAUUGAGUACAUCCUCAGUACCAUCUCCCACACGGCUUCCUAUCUUCGUCUCUGGGCCUUGUCCUUGGCUCAUGCCCAGCUCUCAGAGGUGCUUUGGACCAUGGUGCUGUCGUUGGGACUGCAGAUGAACGGCUAUGUGGGCGCUAUUGGCCUGUUCUUCAUCUUUGCCGUCUGGGAGUUCUUCACCAUCGCCAUCAUGGUGAUGAUGGAGGGUCUGUCCGCCUUCCUGCACACUUUGCGUCUGCACUGGGUGGAGUUCAUGAGCAAGUUCUACGCUGGAACCGGCUAUCCGUUCACACCCUUCUGCUUUAGGGACAUUUUGAUCGUCGUCGAGGAUGAUUAGAAGCACAUGGGAAGACCUUAGCUGGUCACUCAUAUUUAAUAGUUAAAUAAAGAAGCAUCACAAAUUA